ACCUGGAGAAAGAUACUCAAAAGGGAGGAUUAGAACAACAACAAGAAGAUCUUCCCCAAAUUUUGUCAAACAGCUGACCAGUUAACUAGCAAAGUAGACGUUACAUAUCUAAGUAUAUUGGAAACUCAGUAAGUGGAUUGUCUCACUAAUUUACGGAGAAACCCCACAGCUAAAAGUGUAGGUGGGAGGAGAUACAAAAGAAACAAAAAAGCAUUUCAGACUGGGCACUUCCUUUCGCUGAUCUUGACUCAUAGCACUUGGAGUCUGUCCUUACCCACAAGUUUUGUGCCACGUUCUCCUGCUUGCAAUGGACAGACAAGUGACAUAUGCUGAUUUAAACUUAUCCAGGGGUCCUUGCCUGGAAAGUUCAUCACCCCCAUCUCUUCCUCAGGACAUCUGUCAAGGUCCACCUUGGCAUCAGUUGGCUCUGAAACUUGGUUGUACUGGGGUUAUUCUUCUUACCUUGACUGUGAUUGGGUUGAGUAUUUCAGUAAUAUUCUUAAGACAAAACUUGUCAAUAGAAGAAAGCAGUGUGGAUGUUCAAGAGAACAGGAAUGAAACAACAGAGAAACCAGAUCUGUUAAAGUGCCCAAAAGAUUGGCGUCUACUCCGAGAAAAAUGCUUGUUUUUUUCUCUCGCUUCCAACACUUGGAACUACAGUCUAGCUGACUGUUCCACAAAAGAAUCCAGUUUGCUGCUUUUUCAAGAUCCAGAAGAACUGAGACACGUACAAAGCCUGAUACCUAAAAAAGAAUUUCUGUUUUGGAUUGGAUUAAAUUUAACAUUAUCAGAGAAGAAAUGGAAGUGGAUAAAUGGGUCAUUUUUAAAUCCAAACGUGAAUUUUUUCUGAGGACUGUGACACAGACAAUAAAUGGAUCUGUCAGAAAGAACUACAACCUGUCAGAAAUAAGGCGUGUUCGGGCUCUUGACUACGCAUUCCCUCUCAAUUUCUCUACUUUCCAUCACAGGUCUCUGCAUCUAUACAGCUAACCUGGCCCGAUGUAUAUCUAGAAGCACAAAGUGAACCAAUACUGACUAUUCUAAAACUGUCGUGAAUCUUACAGAAGUUCACGGCUAACCUACUCAUUGUAUGAAUGAGGAAGCAAAUACAUAGGGAAACCAAGUAUCAUUUUAAGAUACAGUGACGUUCCAUGGAGAGAAGCCCAGACCAGCUGACUGGUUUCCAGUCUUGGCUUAUACAUGUGGCCUUCAUUGAUCCCCUCUAUGCUUUAGCUCACCUCUAGAAAAGUUACAGUAAAAGAUUUCUAAAGUCCUGUGGAUAUUUCAUAGUCUAUGAUUUUUCAUAUUAUCACACAACUGGAUUGUUCCAGAACAUUGGCCUAAGUCCAUUCUCUUGACUCUGAUAUCAGAAUCUCAUGACCAAAGGAUCUUGGGAAGGGACCUAAACUCUUCCCGCCAUUCCAGUGUUCUUCCUAUUUUAAUUUUCUCAUUACUUCUUUAUUUUCCUUCUAUGUCCCCUUCUCUCUAGGCUCACACACAAGCUGUAGGAAAUAUGUAAUUAAAUUUUUCAUUAUUUAGUGGAAAAUAGUGAUUUUUUUCAUCAAAAGGGAAAUAUUUAUUCAGAUAAAUGUCGGGAGUGUUCACUUUUUAAAAAUAUGCCACAUUUUCUAUGGAGAUCAAACAAUAAUAAUCCUGGACUUAUUCUGUAAGGAGGUUUACAAUAAAAUGUCUGAAAAAUAGGUAUCUACUUACUUUGAUCAUUCAAUGCCAAUUUGAAUUACACAAAUUCAAAUACAUGUAAUAAUGACCUAAAUAUUUCAAUUUCUGUUUUUAUGAUGAUUUAUAAUACUUGUUAAUAUAAAAUUUUGAAUAUAUCCAAACCCCGAAGCAUAAUUCAUUUUGUGUCGGAUACUUGGGAAAUAAAUUACUUAGGGAGACAUUCUACACAAGAGCGUCAUUACAAACGAUGUAACAUAAAAGUGAGACUAUGAAAUGUUUGGCACCCUUGAGGAAAUGACCUGCAAAGAACAGAAACCUGUGUUGCAAGAAAAAAAGUGUUUCCAUAACUGACAACAUACAUUUCCACCCCUUGGAGUGACAUUCAGUUCCACCUUCUAAAGUGAAUCAGGAUAAGGCUAAGUGCAUCCAGUUAAAACAGAAUUCAUUCCAAACAUGGGCCUCUUCCUUCUCCUACACCUGUUAGAAGUGCCCCAAAAGUGCACAUCCAUAAGAAACUCUUACAAAAAAAACUGACUCCAAGAACUUGGCGUCUUGGACUUUUGCUAUUGCAGUAUGAGAUUAUCAGACAGGCUUAUCGCUGGACGAUACCAGAGAGCAUCUCUGAGACUCAGACUGUGAGGAUGCAGUUUCCUGAGGAAGGCAGGUCUAACCGUAUUCUAGGCAGAUUAAGAAAUAUUAGGU